UUUGACAGCACUUCUUUAAACUCUCUCCUGUUCUGGAUUAUUUGUGUUGUGUUUUUGGAUAACAGCGAUGGCACACUUUAAAGAAAAAGGCAUUCCCACUGGGGAAAGUCUAAGAGUGUGUCCUGGAAAAGAGUGAGAAGAGGAGGAGGGAAGAUAGCAGCAGUUUUUUUCCCUUCAUCUUUGCCUCUGCAGGCGUUUCUUCUGUGGGAGAAUGGGGGCUGGAGCUCUGACCAUCUGUCAUAACAAGACAGCGGUGCAGGUUAAAGAAGACAUGAAGAAGAUGGUCCGGAUACCCAUAUUGCAAACCAUGACAGGGACAGCCAAGUACACCAAGCUGUUUGGAGUGUCCCUGUUCGAGCUGCAGGAGAAGGGUCUGGUGGAGGAUGGUGUGCCUCUGGUGUUGAGGAAGAUGGUUGAGCAUCUUCGCAAGCAUGCCUUGCAUCAGGAGGGUCUGUUCAGAGUGAAUGGCAAUGUGCGUACUGUGGAAACCCUGAAACAGCGGCUGGAGAGUGGAGAGGAUGUGGACCUUCUCUCUGAAUCUGAUUCAUGUACAGUGGCCAGCUUGCUCAAACGGUACCUGAGGGACCUGCCAACGGGUCUGGUAGACCCAACAGUCCAACAGGCGCUCAUACAGCAUCACCAAGAGUGCGGUGAUGAUGUGUCUUGGUCAGAUAUGAGGGACCUGCUCCAGCAGCUUCCAGACGUCCACCACAGCCUCCUCCGCUACCUCUGCCACUUCCUCACCGUUGUGGAGUGCAACCACAAAGAAAACCGUAUGACUGCCCUCAACCUCGCCACUGUGUUUGGACCCAGUGUCUUCCAUGUGGCCUCUGGUUUCGAAGCAAUUAAGGACCAAAAUAUCUGUAACAAGAUAAUGAUCAAGUUCAUCCAGAACUACAGCAAUAUAUUCGAGAACGGCAUAGACGGAGGAGGCUUCACAGAAGAACCGUCAACCCUUAUUAUUGUCAAGGAGGUGCACAUGACGGAUGCAGACACACAGAAGUCGCCCAUCCACCUCAGUGCAAACCCACCGACACCGGUUCCCAGAAUGAAGACUGGACAAAGAAAUACACAACACAAUGCAGAACCUCUGAAUACAUCCUCUACUAACGCUCCAAAGGCAAAGCAAAGGAAAAAGAAGGUAAGCAAAGGGAAGAGUGACCGCAUGACUCUUGUCAUCCCUGAGCCAAGCCGCUCUGCUGAGUCGCCCCAUGCAAGGUCCAUCUCCAUACCAAUCAUUUUACCGCUGGGCUCAGAGCUAAGGAGCCACAGUCCAGAGCCAAUGGAGACAGCUCGCCAAGUAACCCCAGACACUGCCUCGCCACUCAGCCACCCCGAUGCCAUCCCCUCUUGCAACAUGGAGGCCAUAAGCAGCUCCCAAGAAGAAGAUAGGCCAAUUUAUCCUUUCUACAUGAGUAAUCACCUCUCUCCUGUCCACUUCCAACCGGAUGUGGUAAAUUUUCUGGACAGGACGAUUCGUUCAGCAGUGGAGCAGCACCUCUUCGAUGCAAACCCUUUAGGGGAUCAAAGUUCAGAGGACUGUGGGUUAACCCUACUCCCACCAUCUUCAAGGGCGACGCCAUCUGCCCGACAGAGACGUCGACACCAGAGGGAGCAACAGGAGGAGGGGCUGAGACACAACGAAAGAAACAGAACGGCGUCUGUCCGAGCACGCACCAACAAGGAGAACAUCCCAUCGAGCAGUGGGAGCAGCUCCGGCAGUGGGGAGGACACAGGCAGCAGCGUAGACUCACAGGGAGGCCAGAGUAGUCCCGCAGAGCGAACCCCCAAACCCAGGAAGUGGAAACACAGCCCCACGCUGGUGCAGCUCACAGACAUCCAGGACACCCACACAUUCAAGGAAUGUGUUGGUGAGAGACCCGGGGCGAACCACAUGGAGACAUUUGACAAAGAGAAUGACAUUUCAAGAAAAGAUUGCAAUCCUUCUCCUCAACAGACGUUAAGGAUGAAGAUCCAGGAGUCGCCCGUCACUUGUGACACGGGGAGGAUCGGUGGAGGAGAGGUGCGAGGCUCGGACCCGGACUGCGAGAUCUGUGAGGACGUGCCUCGACUGGACCUGACAGCACUUACUGAGGAAAGCAACUGGGGAGAGCCGGUCCCAGCGUACUCGCAAAUGCAGAGGGAGAGCAUGGACCGCGAGGAAGCCAGACUGUCCCCUCACGCCGGGGGACGUCUGAUCCGCCAGCUCCUGGAGGAGGACAGCGACCCGAUGCUGUCACCUCGCUUCUACGCCUACGGACAUUGCCAGCAGUACCUGGACGACACUGAAGUGCCUCCCUCACCACCGAAUGCACACUCGUUUGUCAGUCGCAGACGGAGUUCGUCUCUUGGCUCCUGCGACGAUGAAAAAGAGGAGUUGACGUCCGCUCAGCUCUCAAAGAGGAUCCAUGUGCUGAGGAAGAAGAUCCACAGGUUUGAGGAGAGGUUUGAAGAGGAGCGUAAAUACAGGCCCUCCCACAGUGAUAAAGCUGGAAACCCAGAGGUGCUGAGAUGGGUUAAUGAACUGGCUAAGCUUCGUAAGGAGCUAAAAGAAAACAAGCUGAUGAAGUCUGAGGAAGACCUGCCGCCCCUGACCCGCCAGCGCAGCAACACGCUGCCCAAAAGCUUCGGCUCUCAGCUGGAGAAGAAACCCCAGCAGGAGAAAGUACCGAAGCCUCCGGUGGAGAGCAGCCUAGAGACGAUUCAGAAGAAGCUGCAGGAGAAGAGAGAGGAAGUGAACCGUCCAGAGGACAUCAAGGAUAUGACACGGGAGCAAAUCGGAGCAGAGAAAGUCGCCAUGCAGAAAGCUCUUCUCUACUACGAGAGCAUACAUGGUCGACCAGUCACCAAGAGCGAGAGGCAAAUCAUGAAGCCCCUGUACGACAGAUAUCGUCUGGUGAAGCAGAUCCUGUGCAGAGCCUCCACCAUCCCCGUCAUUGAGGAGGAGGACGGCUCCGAGGACGAAGGAGACUCAAAGACACAGUUCACCGUGACGGUCCGACCGGACCUUAGCGUUCUCGGCUUCCUGGACCACAUGGAGGAGGAAGGGGACGGUUUCAUUUCACCCGUGGACGAACUAUCGCCCUCUAAGAACAUGACGGACAUGAGGCUGUCCAACCUGCACUCCGCCACCACGGAGGAACUCGUAGAGCAACUCCAAGAGACCCGAGAGGAGAAGAAGAGACUCCGCAAGAACCUGAAAGAGUUUGAGGACCAGUUCUUUAGACAAAACGGAAGAAAUGUGCAGAAGGAGGACCGCUCCCCUUUGGCAGUUGAGUACAACGAAUACAAGCACGUUAAAGCCAAACUGCGGCUGCUGGAAGUCCUCAUCAGCAAAAGAGACUCAGCUAAGUUUCUCUGAGCGAAAAAAUAAAAAACUCUAAAAGGACUUCAGAGAGACAGUCGAACACAUCUCACCCUGUUGGAAAGAAAAUAUCUGAUUUUCCUUCCCGCUGCCAUCUGUGUUGCUCGUGUUUCUGGCUCAGGGGAAACUGUUCCCCUGUUAAUCCGUCUCAUCAAGCUCAGCUGGGUUUUUCCCUCCGGAACCACAACUAAAAUCUAAAUUCCCUCCGGAGAGUCGCUAACUCACGACUGAUUCAAAGCAUCACAGAGUCACAGAGCUUCAUCUAAGAAGUUUCCCUCUCAACAAACAGCUCACCUUUAUAAGAAGACCUUUCUCGAGACGCACACAAAUAACCGGAAUCACACUUUUAUUGCUAAUAAUUUAUUUCUAUCCUUUUGAAUGUUUUUUAUUGGAAAAGAAAAGUUAUUUUUCUGAUGCGUUGUUGUAGAAGUCUUAAAGAAAAAACCCUGUAAGUAAAAUAAUAGAUGUGAAAUUAUUGCUAUUUUGAAAGAAGGAUUUUUGCGAUCAAGAUGUAUGAGUAUUUUUGUAAUGGAGACUUUACUAUUUGUAUAACUUCAAUCAGCUUAACAGUAUUCAGUAAAUUAUAAGCUUUCUCUAUUUCUGUUCUGACCAUCAUGUAAUAUAUGAAAUAAUCUUUAUUUUCUUCUCUAGAAGUUAAAUUGAGUAUUUGCUCACUAAAAGAAGUGUUUUUUAAUUUGAAUACAACCCAAAGAAAGUGACUCAGAGUACAAACUACAAACCAAAAUAGCUCAUACUGAAUGAAACCCCUACUUUUACUUACAACUUAUUUUUGUGAUCACUGGUACUUACCUAAGCAUUUGACUGUAUAUUUUACGCAUUGAAGCGCUUUCACCCCACUUUACUUCCUGUCAAAUAAGCUAUUUCUCUUCUUGAAAUCACUGUUAUGUUUUGCUCACAUUGAUAGACAUAGACAAAUGUUUUGUGAGGCAAUUCUGGAGGAAAGCUAAAAGCUCUGUAUUUUACAGCGGUGUGUGUUUCCUUCUCGUCCUCUUUAGAGCUUGUUAGGUUCUUUUGUAAAUAUGGAUCACUUGUGUAUGUUUACAUUUCUGUGAGCGAGUACAUAUUUCCUUCCUUUCUCCAAAAUGGAUGAUUUAUCAGUGUGAAUUUCGUUUUUACUGAAUGUAAACACUGGCAAGGCUUAAUGAAUUUUGAGUGUGUACAUUUUAGUACAUAAAUUGUAUUUGUAUUUUGUAUAUAUUAUGAAUGAAAUCAUAUUUUUAAACAGUU